AUGCAUGGAAUAGUCCAGUCCAGAAUACCCCUUAAAUCAUCUAAUAAUACUACUCAGUCUAAUUAUAAUCAUAUACGUAUACGUAAUGCUUAUUUAUACAUAAAUAGAAUAUAUUUUAUAUUAUGUGUACAUAUUAUAUAUAUAAUAAUAGUAAUAUAUACAGUAGUAUUAAUGUAUGCUUCAUUAGAUAAUAAGCCAAUUACGUUCUCACAGAAGAAUAAUUUAGUUUAUGAGUCUAAUAUUACAAUAUAUUUAUAUUUAUAUGUGAUAUCUAUGAUAAGCAGUUUUAUAUUUAUUUAUAACCGUAGGAAUAUAAUAAUUUAUGAAAAAGUCCGUUAUAAUUUAUUUUUUAUAUUUUUAAGUUCUUGUGUGAUUACUUUUUGUUAUUUGUGUAUUAUAUUCUAUCUUAGAAUGGGUUUAAUAAAAAGUAUGAUACAUUUUAAUACACUAUGUGUAAUAAGUCUGGGUGUACUACCAAUUAUUACACAAUGUGUAAUAAAACAUAUCGAUAUAAAUUAUCAUUAUAUAUUACACAUUGUGGAAUUACUUUUAUUUAUAACACUAUGCAUAAUAAUUAUAAAUAUGUUUGUGCUAAAAUCACUUAUAAGUACACUCGUAAGUAAAAAUGUUUUUAUAUAUUAA